CUUUAAACCCUUCAAAGCCCUAAAACACACAACCUAACAACUUUCACAUCCCCGGCGAAAUGCCAGGCCUUCUUACAGGUUCCGGCGAUUCUUCCUCCCUCGUUCCCUUUUCCCCGGAGCUCAACACUCCUGCAGUCUACCCUCUACACCACGGCCUUAAACACCCAAUCACUCCUCGCCUCUCAAUUUCAUGGUCAAGUGGUAACUCGCUACGCGUGUCGGUUUUCCGGUCACCUGAGACUACCAACACCAUCGAUGAUGAAGUUGAAGUUGGCGGGAAAGUAGUUGAGUUGAAGCUAAGUGGAGAAGAUGUCCACAGUGAAGUCAAUGAUGCUGUGCGGUGGCGUAGAAUAGUCUAUGGAUCAGUGUCUCCAUUUGCGCAUCUUCAGAAUAAGAAAAACGCCAUGGCAGCAUUGUCGGAGUUGCGGCAUUCAGCUCCUUCCCAAGUGGAAUGGUCAAAAUAUGUUCUUGAGUACAGCAAGGAAAUAAAUUCCCUUUUAGGAAACAGGAAGUCCAGCCCUAGCUCGUUAAUUGAAGAUCCAAAGACAGUAUUAAAGAUUGAUGAGGAGCCAAGCUCACUGAAAGCUGCAUGGGAGCUUCUUGAAAUAUUCUAUGCCAACAAACAAUCUCAGUCUUGGAUCCCUGAACAGCUUGUUGAUUGGUUAACUGAUUAUGAUAGUUUGUUCUCUGGACAAGUGCCAACUGUCCAUUUGAGAUUGGUGGAAUUUCAAGCACAACUUAUUACUCUACAGACAGUUGAAAAUGUAGCUGCAUAUUGGCAAGCAAUUUCUUCAGCACUUUCAGUUGGUUGGCUAGACAUUGUAGUGAAGUUAUUGCGUUUGCAUGGAUCUUAUCAGCUUAAUCAGCUAGGUUCUCGUGAGACAGAGAAUGGACUUGUGGAAGCAGUUGCUGUUCUAAUAUCAAAAAUGCCACGUAUGCGUGUGGAUUUACCAGAUGGAAAGCUAGGGGAAUGCUGUUACAACAAGUCUGAUUUUAUGAAGGCAUGGGAAAAAUGGAGAGCACAAAUUACAAAAUUGGAUUGCAGUGCAUAUUGGCUUCAAUGCAGCCAUAAUCAGACAAAGGAAAACCUAAAAAAUUUGCUUCAAAUCAUGUUGGGAAACAUAAAUACUCUCACUAAUGCCACCUGUCAUUGGGUAGAGCUAUAUAUUGCUCAUUUCCUAUAUAUCAGACCUUUUACUUCGGGUUUAGAAAGUAUGCAUGUUUUAGCUCAAAAAUGCAUACAGCUAAAGCCUAUAUCAACUCCACAUAAGCUCAUGAGUCUUAUAAUUGGAAUUCUUGGAGAAAAUACAGAGGUCAUAUUGGCAGAAUGCUCAAAAUCAUUUGGUCCCUGGAUGAUUGCACAUGCUACAGAGCUACUGACAGCUGGCAAUAUUCAAGCAGAAAUUCUUUUAAAAGAAGAAAGACAUAAUUUAGGGGGAAUUAGCAUAGAGGAAUCACAUAGACUUGUUUAUGCUCAAGUGUUAUCUUCUCAUGCGCUGACGUGGCAAAUUGCUCCAAUAUAUUUAAUAUCUUGUAUGAAACAUGGAGUUGGAUUGUUGGAAAUUUUGUUAUACAAACAACCUGUAUAUCAUAGUCAAGUUCUCCUCAAGAAUAUUGAGAUAUGUCGUUUAUAUGAUCUAGAUAGUGUGAGUGCAAAUGCUAUGAAGAUUGUUGGAAUGCAUCACUGGAAACAUGGUAGAAAAGGUUCCGGAAUCUUCUGGCUACAACAGGCUCGUGAUGAAGUUCGCCUUAAUAGAAUUGCUCAGAAGUUGUUUGACUUUGUUGGAAAGUCAAUCUCUGAUGAAAGUUUUGAGCAAUGGGAAGGAUUGAUUGAAUUGAUGGGCACUGAAUCAAGAACUGUAGGGGGUCUUGAAUUUUUACACAAGUAUAGGGACUUCAAGAAGUCUCUUCAGCAAGUGCAAGAUGGUGUUGUUACUGAUGCUGCUAGAAAAGCUGGUGAAUCACUUAUAUCGAUAAUGAAAAACCCUUCUACCCCACAACGCUUUUGGCUUCCCCUUUUGUAUGAUUCGUUGAAGUUGCUGACGUGGCAAGAGGGUCCUCUGUUAAAUGUAUCUCAAUGUAACUUGCUAUUGAAUAAAUUGCAAGAGUCAUCAGUGGCAAAGCUGCGCCCUGAUUUUGUGGAGGUGGGGCUGCCACCACACGCCCUCAGCUCUGUUAGGGCGGCUCUCGCCACUAAUUUAGGGCGUGCUAUUCUCGAAGAAUGAUCUGUUUCAAGGUUUUCAAUUGUAUUUUUUUUUUUUUUUUUUUUUCCAUAAAA